GUGAAGGCCAAGGGGAAGCGCCAACGCAGCUCACACGGAUCCUCGUGUUGAGUCUGCAAACAGAUAAUACUAUUCGUGCCUUCAAUUGUCUUCCAACGAAAGCCAGAACACCGCCAUUCAUGCGUCCAAGGGCAGAACGAAGGCAGCAAGCGAAACAAGCAACCCUCGUCGUAAAACACAACAAACAGAGCAACGGCCUCGACCUUCGUUCCUAGAUGAACUCCCAAAAGGCAUCACGAAUGCCUCUCCUGCCUGACAACGAGGCUGGCAUGUCUCCCUCCAAACCCUCGACUGCUUGGACGAUGAGGAAGAUGCUGAGCUAUCUGGCAGUCCUUCUGGGCUUGUCCUGGGGCGCAUACUACCUCUGGACACCCCAAACAAUCUCGCAAGAAAAAUGGGCAUCCGAAGCAACAAAUCCCCCAGAAGAAGAGCUGGACGUCUACGGAUCCAACGCACACCCAACCUUCAAAGGCAUGAUCAAACUAAUGGACCUCCCCGAAGAAUACGUGCCCCAGACCGGCAAACAUCGCAAAUCCGGACGUCUGGUGGUUGUAGGAGAUGUACACGGGAUGAAGGAUUCCCUGGUUGAAUUGCUCGAGAAAAUGGAUUUCAACGAGAAACACGACCAUCUGAUCCUUGCGGGCGACAUGAUUUCGAAAGGUCCUGAUUCUCCAGGCGUCGUUGAUUUGGCGAUGAAGCUCGGCGCAACCUGUGUCCGCGGGAACCACGAAGAUAGAAUCCUACUCGCAUAUGCGGACAUGGAGGCUGAACAUCUGCGAGUCGGUACACCUGGGCCGCGGGAGUCGUUGGACGAACAGGAGGAUCUGUUGGAGGAGGAGAGCUUCAGUCAUGGGAAUUAUAAGGAUCGGAAGUUGGUGAAGCAGCUUGGGAAGAAGAGGAUAAAGUGGCUACAACAGUGUCCUGUCAUUCUGAGGGUGGGGAAGCUGGGAGAUAUGGGCGAGGUGGUGGUGGUUCAUGCGGGACUUACGCCUGGCGUGAAGCUACAGAGGCAGGAUCCCGUGGUGGUCAUGAAUGUGCGGACCGUUAAGAAUGGCGUGCCUAGUGAUAGGAGGAACGGGACUCCAUGGGCGAAGGUUGGUUCACCCCAGAUUCUGUCCGAAUCUACAUAUGCUAAUUGUAACCCUAGCUUUGGAAUAAACACCAAAAAACCCUCCCCAAGAAAGAUCGCUCGACAGUCAUCUACGGCCACGACGCCAAACGAGGACUUCGGGUGAAGAAAUACAGUAUGGGCAUAGACACAGGCUGUCUAAAAGGCGGAAAGCUUACCGCCGUCGUAAUCGAAGGCGGUCAAUCGGAUCACAAGCACAAACUUUACCAUGUGGGCUGUAAAGAUGGCAGACAGAAGUAGAGAGCUACAGUACAAGAUAGAGGAUACGACAAGAUGAUAUUGCAUUCGCAUCCAGAUUAGCAUGUUUGGACAACAUAGAAAGAUACCAUGGGCCGCGGAGUUUUUUAUUCUAUUUUGUGUUUUGGGUAGAGAGGUUACAUUUUGUCUGAUUAGAUACUGUGGAUGGUACGUGGAAGUUGAGGAGUUUUAACUAGAGAUGUAAGAUUAACAUAAUUAAUAUAGAAUUAUCGAGUACAGUAAGUUGCGAAUUAAGCUUAAAUGGUUUGGUUUAGUUUGGUUCCU